GUGCGCAGCUUGGCUCGGGUUUUCUGAUCUCGCACCAGUCCAGCGGCGCAGUAUUGGUCGUCUUGAAGCGCGACCUUGGAUCACGGCUUCCCCUUUGAUCGUAGACUGACGCACUGCUCGUCCAUCCGAGUCGACUUAUAGAAAGAUCCUGUCGAGCCGAUCCAUUCCCAAGCUCGAUCGUGUUCCCGGGCGAAUCUGAAUAACGGUGGGAGAGAGAUGAUAUGAGUCUUGCCGCCUAGGCCAGAUCUGUGCACCGCGUAAUGGAAGAGUCUGAAGGCUUUGGACACACAGCUAUUCCGACUGGCGGAUCAAUACAAGCGAGACCAUCAGGACAUCAUAACGCACGCCAGCAACUGUCCGCUCUGACCCAAAGCGAGCCACGUCCAACAUCGACUUCGCCGCAGCGACCCGACGUCACGAAGCUUGCAAGCUCGACCAGUUCCAUCCCAACCCUCCGCUUUCCGCGUCCGCUAGGAAAUCGACAGCUCACUAACUGGGUCAGCUCGAGUUCACCCGACAUCAUGCAGCCCAGCAACCCACUAGAGGAGGAUCAGAUCCUUGCAGAUCUAGGUUAUGAUGUGAUCGGGGCUGAUGGCGAGAGUCAGGCAGAAUCUGUUGCCAGUUCUUUCGACUAUCAGAGGCCAGAUGAUGUGCAGAGCCUUGGCGGAACAGAUACAGGCACGGAUCUCGACACCAAUGAUGCCGACACUGACUCGUCCGACGAUGAAGAAGAGAUCAUUCUUGACGAUGCCGGUCGGGCUUACACCUAUGCAGAGAUAGCAGGACGUGAGGUUCAAGAGGAGGACGAUGCUGAAGCUUUCUCAGUCCAGAGCCUCGAGAAUCCAACCAAUCUGCUGCACCAUAGCGAUUCAUUUCCGGAGCUCGCAGCUCGCACUAGGACAUCGACUCUCAAACCGCAGCCGUCGGUCUACGAUGAGGAUAAGACGAAGCCGGAAACCCUACCGGAACAAGUCUCUAGCAAGUCUGGUUCGGCUGCGUUCUCAGGCAAAUCCAAGCGACUGCAAGAGGCCUGGUACAAAAAAUAUUACGAUUCCCAGCGUGGCUCGUUCUUGCACAAGAUCUGCCUCCUUGGCCUCGGGCUCGGCUUGACUUGGGGGUCACUCUUGCUUGUUCAUCCUUCUCAGGAUGCCCCCAAGACGCUAUCGACUGUCCCUGUGGCGUCCGUCUCUACUGAAGGCGUAUCCCUUCCUACAGUGAUCUCGACCACCAUCUCAAGCACCACCAAGACUCAGACAUCAUUGCAAGCAGCACCGACUUCAAUUUGCGGCAAAAGCCUGAUGCCAGUCGUAUUGGAUACACCCGUUCCCCUCAAAGAAACAAGCCAACCCGAUGCACUCGUCUGCGCUGCCGAAAUCUACAGCCGCAACGAGAUAUUGCUCAAGAUUCCGCUGGCUAUAAAGGCUUCCUGGCUCGCCAAGGACGCGAUCAAGCUCGCAGUCAGCCGAGACGGACGAGAUAUGCCCACGAACGUAACAACGAUCACUGCGGGGUUUCUCAUCGAGGUACCGGUCAACGAGGCCCAUGGAGCUUUCGAGGUUUCCAUUUUGACUGAGCGGAAGCCCAAAAUUCACGAGGUCUUCAAGAUCGAUUUUGGCCAGCAUACCAUGACCGACGUCCUAGACGUCAGCAAACAGCUGGUGAGAGAUCUUGCGUUGUAUGUCGCAAACGCCGUCAACGAGACGACAACGUGGGUACACGAGGUGUCUGCCCCAGCUGUCGACGAGGGGGCGUUCUUUACCCAAACGAUGAUGCAGCGACUUGCGAGUCUGCGCAACCAGCUCGUCAAGGAAACAACAGGACUUCUAGAGAACUCGAUCAGCAAGGAGGAGCUUAUCCGGCGUGGACACCAGAUUCAAGUUGAGUUGAAAAGAGCAACGUUGGACAUGCGAGAUGAACUCUCGCUCACGCUUCUGACCGCACAGUUGAGCUCGAAGUUGUGGUGGCUCAAGAUUCAAGGCAGGACGGAAGAAUACCAGCGAUAUCUCAGCAAAGCAGAGGCAUACUACAAGAGCAAGGACACAGAGGCAGCAAGGGCCAAAGCCAUGCGUGGCGCUGAAGUGAAGCGGGAGAUGCGAGACCGCCGUGGGAACGAGCCGCGCCCAUUUGGAAAGUUCUGGCGGUGGGGAAGGAUGACUGGUUGAUCUCCAUGGUUCUUGGGCAGGGUUCUGAGGAGCUUUCGUUUUUUGUGUCAGGUCAUAGCUUGUCACACUG